AUGACUGAAAAUGUUAAUAAAAAGAAUGUAAUUUAUGUUGGUGGAUUGGAUGAAAAUGUUACUACAGAUAUAUUAAGAGGUGCAUUUAUCCCAUUUGGAAAUAUUACAGAUAUAAAUUUACCAAUUGACUAUAAAACUCAGAAAUCAAAGGGAUUUGGGUUUGUCGAAUUUGAAUUACCAGAGGAUGCCGCUGAUGCUUUAGAUAAUAUGCACGAAAGUGAAAUCUAUGGUAAGGUUAUAAAUUGCACAAUUGCAAAACCAAUUAAAAAUUUAAAUAAAGCUGUUUGGACCUCCGACGAGUAUCAUACAGAGCAAAUGAAAGAAAAUGAAGAAUCAAAGAGUGAGGAAUAA